CAGAUGGUACGGCCCGGAAGCCCGGGCGGAGACUGCGGCUGCGUGGCCCAAACGGGCAGGCGUCGCGCGCCGGCCACUUCCGCACUUCCGCUUUCCUGCCCAGCCAGCGCCCGCGAUGACUGCCACUCUCCGCCCCUACCUGAGUGCCGUUCGGGCCACGCUGCAGGCUGCCCUCUGCCUGGAGAACUUCUCCUCCCAGGUCGUGGAACGACACAACAAGCCAGAGGUGGAAGUCAGGAGUAGCAAAGAGCUCCUAUUACAACCCGUCACCAUCAGCAGGAAUGAGAAGGAAAAGGUACUGAUUGAGGGCUCCAUCAAUUCUGUCCGGGUCAGCAUUGCUGUGAAGCAGGCUGAUGAGAUAGAGAAGAUACUAUGCCACAAGUUUAUGCGCUUUAUGAUGAUGCGAGCAGAGAACUUCUUUAUCCUUCGAAGGAAACCAGUUGAGGUAAGACACUGGACCCAUAUGCUCCUCAUUCCCAGAAUUCUUUCUGAGUAGCCUGGAAUGCUUUCU